AACGUGGGUGGAAGUAACCGAGAGAGUUUCCAUUGAAGUUUCGUUUGUUGAAGAGAGAGUGUGUGCGUGUGUGUUUAUUGAUCAUAUAGCAUAUUAUUCAAACAUUUUCUAUAACUCAUUCUCAUCAAACCCAAAUUUCAUUCCUUUUAUAUUCUUUUCUAGUUCCUCUUUUGGUUUCUCUCAAUAACACUAAACCACUUUAAUCACAAAUUAAAUUCUUAGAAUUCAAUUAUCGUUAUUUUCUUUCUCUACCAAUCUCUUGAGCUAGAAAGAAAGAUAGUUUGUGGUUGGAAUUGAAUGGAUGAUUGAUCUUCCAUUCUACUUGACUUUGAUAUCAAUUCAAUCUUCCAUUCCUUUCAAGAAGAAAAGAUAACCCUUGUACUUGAUUAUUUGGAACAAAUGAAAAUCUUUUGAGAGGUACUUCUACAUAUACAUUCUUUUGUCGUUUUUGGGUCAUUGAGUUUUUGUACAAUUUUCACUUGACAUUUUGUUUUUGUUUGAUCUUGAAAGCACUUUGAGUGGACAAGAAUUUCUGACAAAUUCUUUUUUAUUUGUGGGGUGUUUUUGAUUUCAUAAAUCAAAUUCUCAAACUUGGUUUUUUCAUUGUGAGAUUCACUUUGUGUGUUGAUCAUUUUCAUAUUUGUGAUUAUGGGUUGUGUAAGUUCCAAGCAAAAGGGAUAUUGUCAUUGCAACACCCCUUAUUGCUCUGUCUCUAGAAGCUACACAAUGCAUGUACAUCAUCCACCUCAAAAUAAAGGAGAUAGUUAUCAUGUUGUAGCAUUGACAUCAACAACAUUAGGUUCUUUGGAACUUGUAUCUCAUAGUCAAGGCAAUGGUUUUGUUCCAUAUUCGACUUUGCUCAAAGCAAACAAUACCUCAGAAAACGGAUUCGAGGUUGGAAAAGGUUUCAUGUUUUCCAAUGGUAAGGUUAGUGAGAAUUUCAAAGAAGAGGUUGAAAAUGAGGUGAAGACAUGGUCUAAUAUGAUCGAGGAGAAGUUACCAAAAUCUAUUGCCAAGAAUUCAAUCACAACACCACCUUGUGAGGACAUCAUCAACACAUGGGAACUAAUGGAAGGACUUGAAGAUACAAGUCCUUUUCAAUCACCAAAUCAAUUAAGAAGUUUCUCUUUUGAUGUUAAUGUCAAUGGCCAUGUUGAUCCUUCAAAGACUAGCUUCAUGGAGAAUGAUGAUGGUAUUGAUUUACACAAACCAAAGUUGGAUCAUAUGAUUAUUGAGGACGGAUCAAAUGACUUAAAUCUCAAUGUUGAAGUUUUAAAUUUUGAUGAUUGUAAAGUGGUGUCUUCAUUUAAGAAGCCAUUGCAAGAGAAGCAAGAGGCGAUGGAUGCUAAAAGAUUCUUUUUUGAGGAAAAGAAUAUUAGUGAUAAUGUUGUGAAUUUCAAGAUUGCCCCUUAUGAGAAGAAGGAAAAAGCAGUGUUGUAUUUCACAAGUCUGCGUAUGGUGAGAAAAACUUAUGAGGAUUGUUGCAUAGUUAGGAUGGUUUUGAAAGGAUUAGGCAUAAGGGUUGAUGAGAGAGAUGUGUCAAUGCAUUUAGGAUUUAAGGAAGAGCUCAAAGAGUUACUUGGUGAAGGGAACUAUGGUAAAGGUGGAUUACCAAAAGUGUUUAUUGGAAGGAAAUACAUUGGUGGAGUUGAGGAAAUUCAGAAAUUACAUGAUGAUAAAAAGCUUGAGAAAUUAUUUGAUUGUUGUGAAAGAGUUGACGACAUUGAAGGAGGUGAUGGUGGAUGUGAGGCUUGUGGUGAUAUAAAGUUUGUUCCUUGUGAAAAAUGUUAUGGAAGUUGUAAAAUCUACUAUGAAGGUGAUUAUGAAGAAGAUGAUGAUUAUGAGGUUGGUGAGUGUGGAUUUCAAAGGUGUCCUCAUUGCAAUGAAAAUGGCCUAACAAGAUGUUCCAUGUGUUGUUUCUAGUUCCAUAUUUCAUUUUAACAUUUAACAUAGCUACUUAGAACCAAUGUUUGAGUUUUGUGUUCUACGUAUUUUGUUUAUAAUUAGUUUUUUUUUUUUUUUUAUUGUUGUUGUAUAGUUAAUUUUCUAGUUGGUUGAUCAUAUAAAAGAGAAGAUGAAGGAUAUAGAAGGGUGAGUGCAUAGUGUAUGAUUAGUCCUUAUGCACAAUGAGUGCAUAGUGUAUGCUUUUAUUUUCAUUCAUUCAUGAAACAGAAGGCUUGUAUUCAAUUUCAUUUCUUGCAAAAUCAAAUGGUUACAUUACAA